AUGUCCCAUCCCUACAAUUCCAAUAAUAAUAAUAUUUCAGAUCAGGUUUCAUCUGAACAUGGCACUCACACUGGGGGGAAUUCAGAUAGUCUUUCGAACAUUGAAGUACUUAAGAAGUUUAACAAUUUGAUACUCUCUUUCGACCAUAAGUGUAUGGACAAGAGUAACUUCGUUCCUGGUAUGAAAAUGUUUAUAUUUCAAAUGAAAUGUGAUGGUUUAGGGUGUUUGCUUGAAAAUGAUGCUGAAUCCGUCCUUGGUCCAGAGACGUUAAAAAUGGCAGGUGAAUUUUUUUUGUAUUUUAAAAAAUAUUUUCCAGAUGGUUUGAAUUCAAGCGAUGGUUUGCAAAUUCUGAUUGAUAUCAAUGCUGGUACUUAUGAUAAAACCAAAACAUCAAUUACAAGAGAAAUUUUUCAGGAAUGGUCCAGCUUGUAUUAUGAUGGUAACGUUAGUGCAGCAAACUACAUCACUAGGGUGAAAAAUUUGGUAGCUAGAACUAAGAAGUAUCAUUGUGAGAUGAGUGAAUACAAGAUGAAAAGGAGGAUUAUCGCAUCUGUGAAUGAGCUUUAUCCCGAUGUUCAGAACAUUAUUUCUCACCAAAACAAUGGUAAGUUAAAUGUUGACUUCGAAAAAAUCUAUGAAGUUAUCACAACUGUAUCUAAAGAAAAAGAAAGGAAAGCAAUCGAGUCCGCCUUUUUCAAAAUCGAGGCAAAAUUGGUACCGGAGAUUAAAUAG